AAACAAAUGCUCUUUCCUUCUUAUUUCUUCCAUUAUUUAUUUAUUCUUUUGUGUUUCCACAGUUUUGACUCAAAGUCUAAUAGUUAGUGUUGUUGUAAAUCACACUUCAGAUUUAGUUAAGUUAGUGUAACUAAGCCAAACAUAACAAUAACAUACAUACCCACCCCACACACUUUUGUUCUCUUCUCUUCUAUUUUUCACUUUCACACUCAUUCAUCAUCUCAAUCUCAUGUGCCAAAAUAACUGCAUUACCCUACCCUACAAGUACAAACAUCACAACCCCUUCAUUUUCUAUGUCUCUAAAUUAGAUCUAUCAUCUUCACACAAACUUGAACUACCACUUCCAUUUCCAUGGCUGAUACCACCAAAUAUGUUCCCAUAGCUACUACCACUGGAAAUAAUAACUUACACAAAUUAGACUUGAAAAAUCUCUUCACCAUUCUCAAAACUAAAACCACAAUUGCUUUUGCUUAUGCUUUUAUGCUUGUUUUCAUUGCUUUCACUAUUUUCUUAGCUUUUUCAUCUUCUCCAGCAAUUUCCACUACUACACCUUCUUCCACUUCUCAAUUUUCUUCAAUUUUUGAAUACUUUUUCCCAAACAACACCACUACACUAUCACAAUCACAACCACACAACACCACUACCAAUCUUCAAUAUCCUUUUGAUCCAUUUCAAAAUAAAACUUCUAUUUCUAGAUCUACCAAUGUAACUACUUUUUCUCAACCUUCAAAUCAAGAUGAUGCAGUUUCAGUUUCAGUUUCAGUUCCAACCACAAACAACACCAUAAUCACUAAUUCCACUUCACAAGAUGAUGCAGUUUCAGUUUCAGUCACAAACAACACCAUAAUCACUAAUUCCACUUCACAAGAUGAUGCAGUUUCAGUUCCAAUCACAAACAACACAAUAAUCAACAAUUCUACUUCACAAAUUGUGAAAAAUCACACUUCCUCCAAUUUUGAUGAAACCACAAAAGCCGUGAAUUCAAAUCAUACAACAAAUGCUACUUCACAAAUUGUGAAAAAGGAGGAUUCAUCCUCUACUGGUGAAGCAAAAACCAAAGCUAUGAAUGCUACUACUGUUGUUGAAGGAGUUUCAAUUCUUCCUAACAAGAAUUUGAGUUCUAAUUCUUCAUUGAAAGGUGUUGAUUUGAACAAUUACACUCAAUCACUUGCUAAGAAAAAGAACAACGGGAACAACAAAUAUGCUGAGUUGAUGGAAUCUUUGAUGAAUUGUGAUUUUUUUGAUGGUGAAUGGGUUAAAGAUGAUUCUUAUCCUCUUUAUAAACCAGGUUCUUGUUCAUCAAUAAUUGAUGAACAAUUCAAUUGUAUUCGAAAUGGAAGACCUGAUAAAGAUUAUCAGAAAUAUAAAUGGAAACCUAAGGGUUGCACCCUCCCAAGGUUGGAUGGACAUAAAUUGCUUGAUUUGUUGAGAGGCAAGAGACUGGUUUUUGUUGGUGAUUCUCUGAAUAGGAAUAUGUGGGAAUCACUUAUUUGUGUACUAAGAAAUUCUGUGAAAAAUAAAAAGAAAGUUUAUGAAGCAAAUGGAAGAGUCCAUUUUAGAGGAGAAGCUUCUUAUUCAUUUAUAUUCAAGGAUUAUAACUUCUCUGUGGAGCUUUUUGUGUCACCAUUCUUAGUUCAAGAGUGGGAAAUGCCUGAUAAAAAUGGAACAAAGAAGGAAACGCUUCGUCUUGAUUUAGUUGGUCAAUCUUCAGAUCAGUAUAAAGAUGCAGAUAUCAUUGUCUUUAAUACUGGUCACUGGUGGACUCAUGAUAAAACUUCUAAAGGGAAGGGCUAUUACCAAGAAGGUAGCCAUGUCUAUGAUGAAUUGAAUGUUCUUGAGGCGUUCCGAAGAGCUAUAACAACUUGGGGCAAGUGGGUUGAUGCCAAAGUAAAUCCAUCCAAGUCCUUAGUAUUGUUUAGAGGCUAUUCGGCUUCCCAUUUCAGUGGUGGGCAAUGGAAUUCGGGUGGAGCAUGUGACCAUGAAACUGCUCCCAUUGACAACGAGAAGUACCUAACAGAGUACCCGCCUAAGAUGAGGGUGUUGGAGAAGGUGCUUAAGUAUAUGAAAACACCUGUAUCGUACCUAAAUAUCACUAGGAUGACAGAUUUUCGAAAGGACGGUCAUCCUUCAGUAUACAGGAAGCAGAAUCUGUCACCUGAAGAAAGAAAAUCGCCAUUGAGAUACCAAGACUGCAGUCAUUGGUGCCUUCCGGGUGUUCCUGAUGCGUGGAAUGAGAUUCUCUAUGCUGAAAUUCUAAUGAGAGAGUACCGAAAUAAGCAGCAGCAGAAGAGAACAUAGGUAAUGACUACCAAAAACUUCUACCACGUGUAUACAUUAUAUCCAAUGUAUUAAAAAUAUGAAAUAGAUACAGAUGCAAUAUACGGUACAGAAAAUGCCUUUUUCCUAUUUUUCUUAAAAAGGUUUAAAAAUUUAAGUGAAAAAUUAUAUAUAAUUAAGAGAUGUGGUUAUCACAAGUUGGGGAGGAGAGGAGAGAAUACUAUAUGGUGGUUUAGUUUUUUCAGUGUAAAUCAUACUUUGUAUCUUCAUUUUCGUUCUAGUUCUAGCCUGAAAGGCUGAUUGCUAUUGUAAAUCCCUAAUCACCUGGAUUUUUGUUUAAUGUAAUCAAAUUAUUAAGAUGAACUGUUCCAGGAUUAUCCUUCUCAAGUUAAUUUAUGUGACUAUCUGUUGACUUCAAA